GGGGGCGCGCGCGGGGAGGCGGGCCCGCGCCGCUGCCUCAGUUUCCCUGUGAUCGCUCCUCUGGUUAAACAGCGAGGACGCGGGAGCGAGCGACACGGCCGUGCGAGGACAUUUACUUUCUGUCGGUGCCGCGGGAUCACGACGCGGAAUCGCAGCAUCGACGAGCAGCCGCUCAGGGACCAGCCCGACGACCCGCCGCGCCUCGGAGAUCCGCGAAAAGGCCCACGAUGUCCAGCGAAGUGCAGAGACCGGAUGACAGCCCCAGCACCAGCGGGGGAAGCUCGGAUAUCGAACAAAGGGAGUCGGUACCUGAGCAGGAGCGAGAGCAGGCACAGCCCAAAAAGAAGGAGACCAAGAUCUCGAGUAAAACCGCUGCUAAACUUUCAACUAGUGCCAAGAGGAUUCAGAAAGAGCUUGCGGAAAUCACACUAGACCCCCCUCCCAACUGCAGUGCUGGCCCCAAAGGAGACAACAUCUAUGAGUGGAGGUCGACCAUCCUGGGACCCCCGGGCUCCGUGUACGAGGGAGGCGUCUUCUUCCUGGACAUCGCCUUCACGCCAGACUACCCCUUCAAACCCCCCAAGGUGACAUUUCGCACGAGGAUCUAUCACUGCAACAUCAACAGUCAGGGGGUGAUCUGUCUGGACAUCCUGAAGGACAACUGGAGCCCCGCCCUCACCAUCUCCAAGGUGCUGCUGUCCAUCUGCUCCCUGCUCACAGACUGUAACCCAGCCGACUCCCUGGUGGGAAGCAUCGCCACACAGUACCUGACCAACAGAACCGAGCAUGACAGAAUAGCCAAACAAUGGACGAAGAGAUACGCCACAUAGAGUCCCUGCCACCGAGCGACCUCCCACCCCCCUUUACCCCCUCGCCCGUCAGUGUACCUCUCUCUACCUCUCUCUCUCUCUCUCUCCCUUAGUCUGUCAAAGCACACUCACUAAGUGCAACGGUAAAACCCGUCCCCCUCCCCCUCAUCACCCUCCUCCCUCCCCCAACAUUUUAUCUACCUUUUCUGUGUAAAACAAAAACAACAAAAAAAAAAUCAAACAACAAAAAAAAAAAAGUCCUCUGUUCCUUGUUGACUUGAAAGCUUCUUUUUUAUACAAAGAGUAGAUUGGGAUUUUUAUUUUCCAAUAUCUGAAUGUUGGAAGUAUUGUAUUGGAGAAAAAAAAAAACAGAAUAUUAUAAUUAUCAUACGCAUCGUCCUCCAGCUCUACAGUAUGUAUUCUCAUUUUCUUAGUGGCACCUGGAACAAACAUGCAGAAUAUAUGCUUUUACUUUGUUUUCCUUGUUUUUUUUCUGUAUUCGUCAUCCAUAUGUUAUCUGCAUGGAACAGGAAGGUUUGCGUCAAUGGAUCCUUCAUGCUUUUUAACCUCCUCUGAUUUUGUUUGUACUGUAUGUAUUUUUUCAAAGGCUUUUGAGGCAGACCACAAAAGUAUAGGUCUGCCUGUGAAAGAGGCAGGACUUGUAUAUUUACUGGCUACCCGCCACCUUCUGCGAUCGCAGAGUGGUUUGUUGUGCACUUGUAUUACUGAAGCACCCAAUAAAACACACUGUGGUUGGCUUGUGAGAAAACACCC